AUGAGAACUUUUACAGCCAAACAUGUUUCUUCUUGUCUAUCUCCAGCCGACCUGUUGGUCAACACUCUGUGCCUCCCCUUCACCCUCGUCUACACCCUGCAGGGUGAGUGGAAAUUUGGUAGCACACUUUGCUUCCUGCUGCCCUACGCCCAGGGGCUCACCGUGCAUGUCUCCACUGUGACGCUCAACGUCAUCGCACUGGACCGCCACAGGUGGGUGACACUUAAAGAACAUGUAAUCUGUGUUCACGAUCUUCCUGAUUACUUCCUUAUCUUGGAGAUCCAGUUUUCUUCAGCUGCUUCGCAUGUUCAGAUGAACUCCAACUCCACCGUCCUGGACUGCAGCUGCGAAGGCGGUCUUUGUUCUCUUGCAGAGUUCAUCUUAUGUGAACUGGAGGGCCACGUCAACGAGACCCUGAACAAUGAGAACUGGUUCAUGGAAAGGAUACAGCUAGAUUACCGUGCUCUGAUGGCCAUCAUCCGGAACCAGUAUUUCCUCCCCCUGUCCAUCAUCUCCUUUGCCUACGCCCGCAUCUGGUCCAAAUUGCGUGGUCAUGUCAGUCCAGCAGAGAGUGGUGUCAACAGCAGCGUUGCCUCCGAACGCCACCGCCGACGCCGCAAAACCACCAAGAUGCUGGUGACCAUGGUGGUGGUGUUUGCCGUGAGCUGGCUUCCCUUCCAUGCCUUCCAGCUGGCCACCGAUAUUGACAGCGCGGUGCUGGACAUGCGGGACUUCCGCCUGCUCUACACCGUCUUCCACGUGAUUGCCAUGUGCUCCACCUUUGCAAACCCACUACUUUACGGCUGGAUGAAUCGCAACUACCGCGCUGCCUUUCUCGCUGUCUUUAAAUGUCGCAGUGGCGGCGAGAGGGAAAGGGGCGGGCGACUGGACAGCAUUCAUCCCGCUGGGGGAGGGGCAGGAGGGGGAGGCAGAAGGGCAAAGAAGAUAGUCCUUGAAACGCAGGAUGUGGUGUCUACAUGCCUCAACGCCACUGAUGUGUGAGAUGCCGAAGAGGGAUGGAGGAGAGGAAGACAUGGAAGAGAAAGGAAGGAAAAUAAUAUUCUUUUGUCUCCCAGAGGACAAAAGAUUGCACAUGGAGACAGAAGAAAAGAAGACCUAAAGAUGUGUGAGAAAAUAGAAACGGCACGAGUGAGAGGGAGCCAAUGGGGGGGAUUAAAGAGCCCAAAUAUAGAGGAGAAGGCGGGGAUGAUUGGGGAUUAGAAGAGGAAGAAUGACAGGAGAAACGAUGAGGAGCUGCUGAAUGACUCAAAGUCUUCUUAAACAACUGAAACUGCAUCUUUCUGAGGACAUGACCUUGCUG